GGUCGUGUCCCUGCAAGGGUUCGUCUUCCUUUCCAUUUCGUCACUUACAUUCUUUGCUUCGCUAUCUCGUCGCCGUGGAUUGAUUCCCGCCUUUUGUUUACCUUCCUUUCUUUCUAUAGCUACUCAGCCUCGACGGUUGGGUGCCAUUCUUUUCGAGUCAUUCUCUCCCCGUCUGUCUUUUUGGAUUUGCUAGUCAAUCAGUUUGAGAUCUCGAUCUCUCCAAUUCCACCUUUGUAAUAUCAACAAAGACGUCGAUCAUUUACCUGCUCACUACGCAACGUCCUACUGACGAUGUCUUCGUCGCUUAUCUGGAGCGUAGGGGCGCUCGCCCUCUCGUCCCUGGUCUCUCCGGCGGCUGCCGCCGCCAAGGAGAGCUAUCAACUGCUGGAAAACUGGCAUGGUGAUACCUUCUGGGAUGGGUGGGACUUUUACGAUUCCCCCGAUCCCACCAAUGGUUUCGUCACCUACACCAAUCAGAGCCAUGCCGAAGACACAGGCCUGAUUGACAUCACCUCGCGCGGCAGCCUCUACAUGGGUGUGGAUCACAAGUCCAAGCUCGACCCCAGUGGCCCGGGCCGGGAGUCGGUUCGCCUUGAGACCAAGGGCUUCUACAAGGAAGGCCUGUACGUCCUGGAUCUAGCGCAUAUGCCGGGGAGUAUCUGCGGCACCUGGCCCGCAUUCUGGUCCGUCGGUCCCAGCUGGCCUGAGGACGGCGAGAUCGACAUCAUCGAGGGGGUCAACAAGCAUGAUUCCAAUAAGAUCGUUCUGCACACCAGUGGGAGCUGUGACGUUGAGGGCGGCAAUGAGAUGCUCGGCGACAUGAGCUCCGGGGAGUGUGGCGAAGCCUCUGGCACCAUUGGCUGCGUGGUCAAGGGCAACAAGGGCUCCUCGGGAGACCCGUUCAACAAGCAGGGCGGCGGUGUCUAUGCCAUGGAGUGGACGGAGAAGUUCAUCAAGAUUUGGUACUUCCCCCGCGACUCGAUCCCACCAUCCAUCACCGAUGGUCACCCCGAUAGCUCGACCUUCCCUACGCCCAUGGCCCACCUUCAAGGCUCGUGUGACAUCGCUGCCCGUUUCAAGCCGCAGAAGUUCAUCCUCGACACCACUUUCUGCGGUGACUGGUCCGGCAACGUCUAUGGUGACUCCAGCUGCCCCAUCAGCGACUCGAGCAACCCCAUGCAGAGCUGUGUCGACUACGUGGCGGAGAACCCGGAGGCCUUCAAGGAGGCCUACUGGGAGAUCAACUCCAUCAAGCUGUACCAAUAUGGCGUGCCUAAGCCCUCGGCCACCAAAUUAUCGGCCGCUACCUCCGCAGUGUCAACCACCAGCAUCUCCGUGUCCGAUUCGACCCCCACCAGCUCUGGCUUCCUUUCCGCUACCACCUCGGUCUCGGUGUCCGAGCACGAUUCUGAGUCCACUGCCACCCACGUCCCCGAAGGGCCGGAGAAGACCCACACCGAGUCCGCCCACGCAACCCCGACUUCCGCCACCGAGACAACAACGGCCGUACCCGAGAACACGCCUCCUCCGGCCCCCAAGGAGACUCCCAAGGAGACCCCCACCGCUGCCCCGGUUGCCCCGCCGGCCGACCAGGGUGCUCACGCCUCGGCUUCCAAGAGCACUCGUUUCGUGACGGAGACGACGACCUAUUGCCCCGAAGAAGCCUCCUCGGCGGCCGCUGGCGGCGAAACGGGUGCCGUGCCGAUCCCGGCCCCCAGCCAUGGUGCCGAUGCGCCGCCGAGUGAUGACAGCAGCGACGGGGGGGUCAGUGUCAUUCCAGUCCACCCCACUAAUGCCGGGUCUGAUCCUACUCCCGCGGUCCCCCAUGACAGCAACGACAACGGUGUCACUGUUGUUCCGGUUCACCCUCCUAAGGACGAGCCGGAACCUGCUCCCGCCACUCCCGCCGCUCCCGCCGUUCCAGCUGGCGAUUCCGACGCUGCUGGCCAAGAUCCCGCCCAGUCGGGCUCGGGAAUCACUCCUCCCACUCCCCCGUCCAAGGCCCAAGAUCCUGACGCUUCUGGCGUCCCUGCUCAGCCUGCCCCUCCGGCUGAUGACCCUUCCGCGCCUGCUGUGCCCUCCGGCGCUGAUGCGGUCGGUGGCUCGAGCCAUGCUACAAACGCCGCCCCCCUCCCCAGUAUCGAGGUUUCGUCGUCUUCUCGGUUCCUAUUCGCGACCCCCACCAGCGCUGUCCAAGGUGCUUCUUCCACGGCGAGCGGGUCUACCAACCCCUCUGCGACUACCCCUGGCACAGCCAUGUUCACCAGCGCUGCCGACAAGCUGUCGAUGCGCACCCCAACUCUCCUUUUUGCAUGUGUCCUGGGGCUCCUGGUCUAGUCCGACAUCUGUUUUUAGACAUCAUUCCUUACCAUUUGAUUUCACGGCACUAUAUCCAGGAGAGAUUGCUUGAAACAUAUUUAAUUCUGUCCUCUUUCCGCUUUAGACUACGUAUCUUUAUUUCCUAUACUGUUCUUUUAGCUGUGCCUUAGAGGUUUUCUUGAUAUCCUAAUUGUCGCUAUUGAC